GACUAGCAGAGGUGCAAAAAGUGGAUUGGGAGCAUUUGCAGCCCCGCUAAGAGGCAGGCAGCAUUACUGAGAGCUGAUCCAGAAGCCUGUGCCUUGCCACGCAGCGCACCAAGCAUGCAAAGAAGAUAAAAGACACUUAACACAGCUAAUAGCAACUGACUACAUGCCAGAACAAAAUCCAGCAGGAUAAAGCACAGCAGCUACAGAGGUAUACAAAGCAGGCAGAGAAACCCCAUUAGCAGAGGCAAAUUGGGUACUAUUCUGCAAACAUUGCACUCUGCUGCACUACAUCAAUGGCAUCAGUCCUGGCAAGCAGCAGGGCAUCGGGAUGUCCAAGUAACCAACUCAAAUUCAAGUCUAAAAGGAGAAGAAGGAGACCUAAGAGAAAAGGAUACAGAAAUGAAAAUGGGAGUUGUACACAAAAAGAAAAAAUUAGUAUGCUGUCAACUUUCAUUGUACCGUUCAAAUUUAUAAAUCCUGGGGCGAGCAGUAUGGACGAUGAAGAUAAUUUAAGUACAAGCAGUGCAGAAGUGAAAGAGAACAGAAAUGUUGGAAAUAGAGAGGACCUUGCUUUAUCUUCUGAAAGACCAAAAGUUGGGCCAGCCAGUAUGAAACGAAAGAGGCCGCUGGAGGAAGGUAAUAGCGGCCAUUUCUGCAAAUUACAGAUUAUACUAAAGAAACUUUCAUGGUCAGUAACUCCAAAAAACGCUCUUGUCCAGCUUCAUGAACUAAAACCAGAUUUACAAUACAGAAUAGUUUCUCAAACUGGCCCAGUGCAUGCCCCGGUGUUCUCAGUAGCGGUGGAAGUAAAUGGACUGACAUUCGAGGGCAGUGGACCUACAAAAAAGAAAGCGAAAAUGAGGGCAGCUGAGUUGGCUCUAAAGUCAUUUGUCCAGUUUCCAAAUGCUUGUCAGGCUCAUUUUGCAAUGGGAAACUGCAUCAGCCCAUCAACUGACUUCACAUCUGACCAGGCAGACUUCCCAGACACUCUGUUCAAAGAGUUUGAACCAUCCUCACACAGCGAGCACUUCUCAGGCUAUAGCCCAGUUAGUAAUGAAUUGCUUUCCAGUGCAUAUCGACAUGGGAGAUUAGUCUGUCACACGUUGGAUUUAAUGGGCCAUGCUAAACAAAACAAGCACAAGAUGGCAUCCCCAGCUGAGAGUGAGAAGAACCCAGUGGUGAUGCUAAAUGAGCUGAGACCCGGGCUGAGGUACGUCUGCCUUUCGGAGACUGUGGAGAAACAACAUAUCAAACGUUUUGUCAUGGCAAUGAGAGUUGAUGGGAGGACAUUUGAAGGUUCAGGACGUAGCAAGAAACUGGCCAAAGCCCAGGCAGCACAGGCUGCACUGCAGGCUCUCUUUAAUAUUCAGCUGACCAGUCACACACCCAACAGGAGUAAAUGUAACCACUUGCCGCAGGACUUUGCAGAUUCCAUAUAUCAGCUGGCAAUACAAAAAUUCCAGGAGCUUACUGAGAACUUCUCUGUGUGCACACGUCACAAGGCCCUAGCAGCUAUCGUUAUGACCAGAGGUUUGGACCUAAGGCAAGCACAGGUCAUUGCUCUGUCAUCUGGCACUAAAUGUAUCAACGGAGAGCACCUUAAUGACCAAGGACUGGUGGUCAAUGACUGCCAUGCAGAAGUCGUAGUGAGAAGAGCUUUCAUCCAUUUCCUUUACACUCAGCUAGAGCUACAUCUAAGCACGCAGAGAAGUGACUGGGAGAGGUCUAUAUUCAUCCGGUUAAAAGAAGGAGGUUUCCGGUUAAAAGAUAACAUUCUAUUCCAUGUAUAUGUCAGCACAUCACCGUGUGGAGAUGCUCGGAUAAACUCUCCCUACGAGAUCACAUCUGAUUUGAACAGGUGCAAGCACAUAGUAAGGAAAUUCCGAGGCCAUCUACGUACAAAAAUAGAGUCCGGCGAAGGGACGAUUCCAGUUAGAACUCGGCCUGCAGUGCAAACAUGGGAUGGAGUUUUAUCAGGAGAGCAACUCAUCACAAUGUCCUGUACAGACAAAAUUACCAGAUGGAAUAUCCUCGGGUUACAGGGUGCUCUGCUCAGUCACUUCAUCGAGCCUAUCUAUGUACACAGCAUUACCGUCGGCAGCUUGCACCAUAUAGGCCACCUUUCCAGGGUAAUCAGCCACAGAAUAGAAGAUAUUGGUCAUUUGCCAGUCCCAUAUCGACAUAACCACCCUCUGCUCAGUGGAGUAAGCAAUGCUGAAGCUCGCCAGCCAGGGAAAUCUCCAAACAAUAAUGUCAACUGGAUCAUGGGCAGCCCGGAUCUAGAGGUUAUUAAUGCUACAACAGGAAAGAGGAGCUGCGGCAAUCCCUCUCGGCUCUGCAAGCACUUACUAUAUGUACGAUGGUCAAAACUAUAUGGAAAGCUGAGCACACGGACUCCGAGUCAAGAAGAAAUUCCCUCAGUGUACUGUGAAGCAAAGAUGGUGGAUCCUACAUACCAGUUUGUGAAGCAACAGCUUUUUAAAGCCAUUCAGAAAGCAGGCCUAGGCACAUGGGUGAAAAAGCCUCCAGAGCAAGAUCAAUUUUUACUAACUCUGUAAAUUCCUGAUACACCUUUAUCCUUUACCUGGAUUCUUCUGGGACAAUACAAACUGGCAGAAUUUUUAUGCCUCCUGUGCAAACUUUGUUAUGAAUAAACCCAAUUGGAUUAUUUUUUUAAUGCAGUAAUUACAUAAUAUGGAUAAAGACCAUGUUAUAUGUGUUUGCUCCUUCAAGGCUAGCAGGAAUGUGAUGUGUUAGUCUUGUCCAUCAUUGAGGUAGUAAACAUUAUAAGCAGGGCUAGAUUUAAAUUAUAGGUGCCCUGGUCCUCUCACCAUUUUAUGGGUGGAGUUAUCAGAAAAAAAAUGAAGUUAGACUAUAAAUGGGUGUGGCUAAUGCCAAAGUGGUCUUAACUAUAAAGAAGAUUGGUGGCAUUGUAAGCAAAAUGAACAGCACAAGGAUAUAUGAAUUAUGCCAGUGAGAAUUGGAUUGGUUAGUAGCAUGGCAGAGACAUCCUUUCUGGAGGUGUCUAUAGGCAUGUAUCCUAUCCUAUGUGAUUAAUUAUAAAUCCAGCCUUGUUGCUAAGCAUACUUCUACACAAAGGUCUCCUAGUGUAGACCACAGUGUAGUAUUGGACCUUGUGUCUAAUUUUACUUAUGCCAGAAUGGCUACACUAUAUUGUCUCUAAUAUAAUAACAGGGUUAAUAAUAGUUAGAGGAAAACAGAGAACAAUGGUGCAGCUGUAUUAACCUGGAGAAGCGAUAAAGCAGUGAUAAGCGCAAGGUGAUAACGCACCAGCCAAUCAUUAUGGAUUUGAAAAAUGACAGCUAGGAACUGACUGGCUGAUGCAUUAUCAUCUUCCACUUAUCACUGCCUUAUCACUUCUUUAUCCCUUUUUCAGGCUUAAUACAUCUGCCCCAAUGACAGAGAUUACUUAGUUCCUGGUAGGUAAUAUUUAACUUUCAUUAUAAUAUUGAAAAAUAUCCAUUUGAGGACUAUGCUCCCUUAUGACAUCUAACUGUAUCCCAGGUACUAUUUAUCCAUGUAAUUAUUUCUUCUCAUUGGGUGGGAAUUAUUUGUCAGUCUAUUCUUGGCACCUAUGUUGUUCUUUGACAUUCCAGGUGAGAUAUAUGCUACUAUAUCAAAGUUUUUCCUAUCAUCCAUGUUCCAUGUGUGCUUUGAUUGGAAGACCAAGAAAUGAUAAACUCAGGGUCACAUGUUAUGUUUACUAGCCCUGAAAUCCAAGUAACCAGAUUACUAAAGAUGUCCAAACCACCAUAUGUAUUACUAAACUAAACUGUAAACUAAAAAAUAUAUUGUAUUAAUACAAAUCCAAAAUUAAAAAAACCCAAAAAACAUUUGUUUGGGAAAUAAUGUUUUUUUUUCCCAUUUAGUGAAUAAAAUUGUCAAUAUUCAUGAGGUAAUAGCCAAUCCUAUAUAAGUAUGGGUUUUUAUGUCAAGAACUUCAAAUAUAUUAACUGUAUGGAAGCUUACAAAUAGCACCGUGUCACUUAUAGCAGGCUUUCAUAGAACUUUAGUUAUCUUUAUUGCCAACAUAUUAUUUGAUUUUUGCAUGCAAACAAUACUACAAACUUUUUAUUUUAAAAAGAGUAGUUUGAGUUAACUGUAAAAUGUCCAGCAUGGAAUAGCAAUUUGCAGUUUCUAAGAGGAGAAACUACUUUUCUUCUGCUAAACUGCACCCGUUGUCUAUACCAAGCGGAGUUAGCCAUUUUGUAAACUGAACCAGCGUACCAUACAUGAGAAUGGAGCACUUCAUUAGGGGCCAGCAAUUAAGGCAAUUUCUAGGAUGCAGCCAUAUACAGUGCCUUGCUAAAGUAUUCACCCCCUUGGCUUUUUACCUAUUUUGUUACAUUACAACCUGUAAUUUAAAAAAAUCUGAAUUUUAUGUGAUGGAUCUGCACAAAAUGGUCUAAGUUGGUGAAGUGAAAUGAGAAUAAUUUACAGUAUAUAAAAAAAAGAUUUUUUUUUUAAAUAUAAAUUUGAAAAUUGGCAUGUACAUAUGUAUUCACCUCCUUUAUUAUGAAGCCCCUCAAAAGUUCUGGUGCAACCAAUAACCUUCAGAAGUUACAUAAUUAGUGACAUGAAGUCCACCUGUGUGCAAUCUAAGUGUCACAUGAUCUGUCAGUAUAAACACACCUGUUUUGAACGGCCCCAGAGGCUGCAACACCACUAAGCAAGAGACAUCACACCAUGAAGACCAAGGAGCUCUCCAAACAAGUCAGGGACAAAGUUGUUGAGAAGUACAAGUCAAGACUGGGUUAUAUAAAAAUAUCCAAAUCUUUGAUGAUCAUGCGGAGCACCAUCAAAUCCAUCAUCUUCAAAUGGAAAGAACAUGGUACCACAACAAACCUGCCAAGAGAGGGCCGGCCACCAAAACUCACAGACCGGGCAAGAAGGGCAUUAAUCAGAGAGGCAGCACAGACACCAAUGGUAACCCUGAAGGAGCUGCAGAGUUCCACAGCAGAGACUGGUGUAUCUGUGCAUGUGACCACAAUAAGAGCUGGGCUUUAUGGACGAGUGGCCAGAAAAAAAGCCAUUACUCAGUGUUAAAAGUAAGAAGGCACAUUUUAAGUUUGCCAAAAGGCAUGUGGACGACUCCCCAAAUGUAUGGAGGUAGGUGCUCUGGUCAGAUGAGACUAAAAUGUAACUUUUUUCGUCCACCAAGGAAAACGCUAUGUCUGGCGCAAACCCAACACAUCCCAUCACCCCAAGAACACCAUCCCCACAGUGAAACAUGGCGGUAGCAACAUCAUGCUGUGGGGAUGUGUUUCAGCAGCAGGGACUGGGAAACUGUUUUGAGUCGAGGGAAAGAUGGAUGGUGCUAAAUACAGGGAUAUUCUUGAGCAAAACCUGUUUCAGUCUGCCUGUGAUUUGAGACUGUAACGGAGGUUCACCUUCCAGCAGGACAAUGACCUGAAGCAUACUGCUAAAACAACACUUGAGUGGUUUUAGGGGAAACAUUUAAAUGUGUUGAAAUGGCCUAGUCAAAGCCCAGAUCUCAAUCCAAUUGAGAAUCUGUGGUCAGACUUGAAGAUUGCUGUUCACAAAUGGAAACCAUCCAACAUGAAGGAGCUGGAGCAGUUUUGCCUUGAGAAAUGGGCAAAAAUCCCAGUGGCAAGAUGUGGCAAGCUCCUAGAGACUUAUCCAAAGUGACUUGCAGCUGUAAUUUCCGCAAAAGGUGGCUCUACAAAGUACUGACUUUAGGGGGAUGAAUAGUUAUGCACGCUGAAGUUUUCUGUUAUUUUAUCCUAUUUUUUGUUUGCUUCACAAUAAAAAAAUAUAUAUAUUUUCAAAGUUGUAGGCUUGUUCUGUGAAUGAAAUGAUGCAAACCUUCAAACAAUCCAUUUGAAUUCCAGGUUGUGAAGCAACAAAAUGAAAAAUGCAAAGGGGGAUGAAUACUUUAGCAAGGCAUUGUAUUUUCAGCCAUUGUGUGGCCAAGUAGUACCACAAUAUGCCAUAGGGAUUCAGGUUACAUUCUUAUGAAGAUGGCUUGAGGUAACAAAAUGGCUACCUCUGCUAAGUGUGCACUUCAACUAACAGAGGUUGGUGGAGGCUUUGUCACAGAGUGAAUUUCAGAAUAUUUUCAUUUCUUGGCUGGACAUUUUAUAGAUCUUUAUUACUGUGGAUAACUUCUACUCUGAAACCAGUUUAUACAUGUUCUUCUAAUAAAUAGAAGUGGAAUUAAGAUAACAAGACAAUAUCUUCUUUAAAGCAAAACAAGACUUUGUCCCUGCUUCAAACCCUUUGUAAUAGCAGUAUGAAUGGCUGACAUACUGUCAGUUAUAAAUUAGUCGGGUCAUUGUAAAAUAGUAGGCUACUCAGGGGGGAAGAGAUAAGGCGACAUUAAUCCUUUAAUCUGCCCAUCCAUUCUUGUUUGGAUUUUCUGUUGCAGUUCAUAUUUACCUGCAAGACAAAUUGCCCAUUUCUGCUGUCUCACGCAGAGUCUUCACUUCUCUGCUUAGAUAGCAUCUUGCCGCAUUUGUCUUCCCCUUCAGGAGAACAAAGCGAGUAUUCCUGAAAAAAAUAUCUGCAACGCUCAGCAUUCUUAGUGGUUGUGUAUAAAAUUGUAGAAAUACAUUUACAGCUGCAUUUUUUCUGUUCCUCUUUCCAUAUACUGGGCUGUAUUUAGAGUUUUAGGUUGUUCCUCUUGGAUGAAUAUGCCAUAACUUACUUGUUCACCUCAUAUACAGUAUAUAACCAAUACUAUAUCUCUCACCAGGGGAAUUUGGGUUUAUGAUAUGGAAUGUUACAAACUAUUAUUAGAUUAUUGGGCUGAAUUCUAUGUGCAAAUCUCAGAAUUGGUUCAUAUACAGUGUACUGCAUAUUUCAUAUUGGAAACACAAUUAAAGAGGACCUGGUGACUACUGAUUUAAUUGCUUUAGUGCAAGCAUUGGUGCUUCUAUUAGGUGCAACGUGUGCAAUGCUUAUGGGCCCAAACUGCCGUUGCAGCACUCAAUCCAACUACCUUAACCUGCUCCUGUCCGUACCAUUGUUCUGACGAUAUCUUUGGAAAUACGCUGCCGGCACCGCAUGUUUACAUUAAUAUUUUUUUUAAGAGAACAAGGGGACCAUGGACAUCUGACACAGAGACCCCCACCAGUCUUACAACGCCCAUAAGUAGAUAGCUCAUUUGCCCUACUUUGUAGUUAGUAAAAAAUGCAUCUACAUAAUCUUAAUAUGUAAGAGUUUUCUAGCAUAUAACAUAAAAUAAAUGUAUGAGAGCUUACAUGUGUGAUUGUGGGCCUGAUUCAGAGAUAGACAGAAGUAUAAUGCUGCAUGAAAGCUGCAUUGACUUUCUGUCCGAUCUCUAGGAGGGGUAUGUAAGAGAUGUCUAAGUAGAAGAGCCGCCUCCUGCAAGUAGCUGCGAUCCCACCACUGGGACCAUCGUUGCAAGCUGGGAUCCAACAUCACGACCAUCGGCUUCACGCAGGUGGCCAGCUGAUUAUUCCAGGAAGUCUGUGUGGUGACACGCAGACCCUUGGCUCUCUCCUCCCCAAAAAUGGUGGAUGACAUGCACCUGUUUUCAGUAAUGCAGCCCUCCAUCUGUCCCCUGUCCACAACCCACAUUGCCUCUGCCUGUCAAUCAGGCAGCGGAAGAGGGGAACUAUGGGUGAAAACGGAAGGCCCAUUAUGUGUAUGCGCAGUUUGGACCUAACGGUAUCAAUAUGGUAUCCCGCCGCACGGGAUGCCAAUGGUCAGUAUAUCGACACUGGCACCCUUAGCGGUGGAAUGACAGCAGGGGGGGGGGGCGAACGCAACGAAGCCCCUUGCGGGCUCGCUGUGGGUUUAGUGGCGAGCUUUGCAUGCCACAGGUUCAAUUCUCCCUCUAUGCGUGUCGUGGAUACCCAUAGAGGGGGAAUCACCUACCUCGCCGGUAUACCGGCGGUGGUAUGGUUCCCCCGUCAUGAUCCCGGCAUCGGUAUUGUGACAGACGGGAUUCCGAUGAGCGGUAUGCUGACCUGCGACCUUGCACAGCGGCAGAUUCCUAAUUCCAUGGCACAGAGUAUCUGCAUCCGACUCUGAAUCAAGCCCUGUGUAUCUUAUCGUGUCCUUCAUACAAAUUGUACUUUAUUGGCCAAAUACUAUUUAAGGCAGUCUGACAGCGAUUCAUUUAAGCUUAUUGAUCUGGAAAGUAAUGAGAAAAGAAAAAAGACACAGGAGACAAUUUAUCAAUGCAAUUUUUCAGAAAAUACAUCAAUUAAGCUUCCCCCACAUCUUUGAACAGGGUACUGCAGCAGAUAUCUGUAAUGCCUUUUUGCACGGGUGGUCUUCAGUUUGCCGGCUGUCGGGAUCCCGGCGCCGGAAUCCUGACAGCCGGCAUACCGACACUUUAUCUCCCUCUUAGGGGUCCACAAUGCCCCUGGAGGGAGAAUAAAUAUGCGCGCCACCGUGCCCACAGCGUGGCUAGCGCAGCAAGCCCGCAAUGGGCUCAUUUGCGCUUACCACGCUGUCGGUAUGCCGGCGGUCGGGAUUCCGGCGCCGGUAUGCUGGUCGCCGGGAGCCAGGCCGCUGGCUUACCAUACUACACCCUUUUUGCACAUGCACGGGCUGAUGUAAGGUGACAAUAUUAUCCCUUUUACCUGUGACGCUCAUGAAUUACACAGGUUCUGUGGCUGAUUAAAACCAGCUGAAAUGUAGGCUUGAAGUCAGCCAGCCACAGAACCUGUGUAAGCCAUGAGCGUCCCAGGUAAAAGGGAUAAUAUGGUCACCCUAGUGAUGGCAGCCCAUGAAUAUUAGCUUGGCUGGGUCCGAAACCCAGAAAUAAAAUGAUUGCAUAAUACAGUACUUUGCAGUGGCAGGCUUAUAUCGAAACCCAUGCCACUACAAGAUAACGUACCACCGAUUAUGUGGCAAUAAGAAAUUACAUUUAUGGGAGAAACAUUGUGAACAUUGAUACAUUAGCUUUACAAGCACAUUAUUCAAAACUUAUGUAAAUGGUGCAAGACUUGUCAAAAAUAACUUCGAUAUACUCUAAAACUCAGUGAUGCUAAGGGGCCUUUUAUCAAUUACAUGUGGUAUAUGCCUGACAGCAGCCAUUUUCGUGGGCUACCCGCAGAUAAUAAGUAUCGCCAAAUGUAUCUAAGGAGGCCUGCAGCAGAUUGAAUUUGCAGUGGGGGCAUCAUUCUUGCUGUAUUUACUAAGCUCCGGAAUAAGACUACAGACUGCAAAAAGUAUCGGAAGAGGGAUCCAUAGGAUUCUUCCUCAGCGUUUUCCACUCACGCAUGUGCAGUCAGCGUGGCGUGGCAGCUGCUGGGAAGCAAAAGUAAAGUGAUCACUAAUGUAAUCGUUUUACUUUUACACAUCGCGGGGACGGACGUGUGUAUAUUAUUACAUCCAGCAGAACUUAAUUUCUUAUAGACGCAAGCAGUGACGAUAAGAAAGUACAAUUAUUGGGUCUAGGACCUGGUAAUUAGUAAAUAUGCCCCACAUCAACCGUGGAGGAAAGUAAAAAUGGUCAUGUGACUGAGUGGAUAUUUUGUGUAGUCACAUUCAUUUGGUAAUAGCUCGUCCUCAAGCAUCUCUUUAUUCUAUUUGGUGCACACUAAUUUAAUACGAACUGGUAGAACAUGGCGGAUACUGUAAGUGUUUGAAACGGGAGAAAAUAUUGGGAUUCUGGCGGUCAUAAUUCCGACGCCGGAAUCCUGACAGGCGGUGAAAUACCACAGCCGGAAUACCAGGGCCACAGGAUUUUCUCCCUCAAAACCCAUAGAGAGAGAAUAUAACCUGUGGCGAGCGCAGCGAGCCACUAUGCCUGCAGCAUGGCGAGUGUAGCGAGCCCGCAAGGGGUUUUCCAGUGCUCGCCCCGCUGCCGGCAUACUGGUGGCCGUGAUCCCGCUGUUGGGAUCAUGACAGCCAGGAUCACGACCACCGGUAAUACUUAUGUAUUCCGUUUGAAAUAUGUGUAUAAUUUUCACAUUCCAUUCCAUAUUUUCCUCAAACCCAUACUUGUCCCCUGACAUUCAGUUCCAUUCAAACUUCGUUCAAUCUAGGAACCCUGUUAGACUCAUUAAACCAGGCAUGUCCAAACUGCGGCCCUCCAGCUGUUGAGAAACUACACAUCCCAGCAUGCCCUGACACAGCUUUAGCAUUCUCUGACAGCAAAACGGUGUCAGGGCAUGCUGGGAUAUGUAGUUUCACAUCAGCUGGAGGGCCGCAGUGUGGACAUGCCUGCAUUAAACUCACCCAAUUCAUCAUCACUCCUACAAUCAACUAUGCAUGUUCACUCUGUAUUCAGAUACAUGUGACACUAUUAACAGAUGUAAUUUUCAUCUAUCAUCUCAUACAUAUACUGUACUUGUCUUGGAGAGACAUGACCAUAUACAAUACCUUUAUACCAUAGUUUCCUACCCUCCCUCAUUCUGCAGGAGACUCCCUGAAAUAGCAGCAAUCUCCCUCACUCCCUGAAAAGUCCAGCAAUCUCCUUGAUUGCACCUUAGCCCCCUUAUGCAGCUAUUACAUUCUUGGGGGAAAAAUAAAUCAGAGAUAAGUACAUUCAAAUGGGAUCGUUAGUGCCAUUUCCCUGCAUUGGUUAUAAGGCACAAUGAUCCCUAUGGCCACUUACAGUAUAUCGAACCUAUUGUAAAACACAAUACACGAACAAAUCCUGCAAAAUAUCAGUGUCUUUUCUUCAACAAAUAAAUAUUACUAACUUUGGGGCUCAUUUACAUUUGGAUGUAAGUUAUUUUCAUGACACGCCUCUCCGAUGUAGCAGUAGAUUCAAGUGGCCUAAGGGACCUUUUACCUCAGGGGGAGGAGGCACAACACAAGGGGGAGGAGUUAGGCCAGCGGGAGAGUUCCCUACACUAUCCACGCCACCAACUAUUACCUUUAGUAAUCAGGUGGCGAGCAAAGCGAUCCCACGGGGGUACUUUUCGGGUACCCUGUUCGGCCGUAGCUCCUCCCCCUGGUGACGUCAGAAGGUCCCUUCUCCCACUCCGAUUUAGAACCAACCCCGCGCUGAUAGGUGUUACUUUCACAAUCUCCCUGAAAUGCUUUUUCAAAAGUAGGCAAGUAUGCUUUAUUUUGUAUGACUCAUUACAAAGAAUAAUAGGAAGCAGACCAAUAUUUGAUGUGGGGUACAGCUUUGAAAUUACCUGGCCUCCUGGUAGUGAACGUAACAGCAUACAUAUUUCAUGCAUUUUGUCCUGAGAUAAAGGUACUGAAAUUUGGUGGAAUUUGGGGAUAAAUGUUGACAAAAUUCAAAAUAUAGGGGUAGAGUUACUAAAACUACUUAAUGAAAAGGUGCAGGUUGUCCGUAGCAACCAAUCAAAUUACAGCUUUCAUUUAUGUAGUACAUUCUAGGAAAUAAUAGCUGGAAUCUGAUUGGUUGUUACAUGAAACACCUCCAUUUUUCCUUUUUAAAAGAUUUAGUAACUGUAACCCAUAAUCUCAAUUCAGUCUGUUAAAUUUAGCCCAUUAUCUGCUUUAAACUGGAUCUGCACACUGAGAAUCUACCAGAACUGGGUUCCUGUAGGAUGCUGUAUUCCACUUUGUCUCUUGCUGGAUGUCAUAACUGUUUGAAUAAUGGACCGUUUGAGUCUUAGAAAUGCUAUGUGCAAAUAUUCUAGUUUAGGACAAUACUGACCACAAAUAUGUACACAAAGGAAGCAUGAUUUAAUGGCAAUACUGUAUAAUCCAAUGUACAUUUGUAAGAUUUGUAAAAAUAAAUAAAUUGAAUUUACGAAAGGUGGAUUUGCUGCUUGUUCCAGUAAAUUACACUGCUAUCUUAUAAGUGAAUGUUUCUGUUCAGUAAAUAAAAAUAACAGUAAACGAUCAAA